GUUUACUGAUGAGCGUCUGCGCGCCCAGUGGAAGCGCGUCAAAAUUGAGAGGUUUCAUCUUCCCUUCUCUACAAAACCCUAAACACCCCGCGCGCCCUCCCAAUGGAUUCCCAGAACCGGGCGAAGGACAUCGCUUACUCCAUCCUCUCCGCCUCUGCUCCGCCCCAGAUCUCCGCUGCAUGCUCCGCCGUGGACACUUUCCUCCGCCGCCAUGUCUCUGAUCAAAGCCGUGCCUUUUUCUCCAUCGCCUUCCCUUCCCUCAUCUGCCGCCUCUUCGGCUUUGACGACGUCCCUUCCCCUUCCUCCGCUUCCGCACACUCCAUCCAUCUCAUUUCCACCGCCUGGAUCGACCAGGCGGCGUCCGAUCCUGCGCUCUCUAGCCGCCUCUUAGCUCUUCUAUCUCCUGACGGCCUACUGUUCUCCUCCAUCUACUCGAUUGACCGCCAAAAACUUGUCCGAUAUGUGUUCCCUGUCGAGCGGCUGCCGAACUGGAUCCGUUUUGUCCUCCAAAGUGACCGACCAUGCUCCGAACUCGGCGAUUUAUGCCCCCUUCUAAGUGGUAGAGUUAAGGAGGAGCUGGCUCAGGAUUAUCCGUACCAUGUCGAGCUCAAUGCUUUUGAAUAUUAUAUAUUUUGGUUUGCCUAUUAUCCUGUUUAUCGAGGUAACAGUGAAAAUGCCAACUCCGGUGUGGUUCAGAAGAGCAAGAAGUUUAAGUUGGAGAAUUGGACUUUGUCUCUUCCCGUUCUAUCUGGUGCAAUUAGGAGACCAGACCAGAAGUCCGGGGGUAAUUUGUAUCUCCAGCUUCUCUAUGCAUAUCUUCGUGCAUUCAUGCCAAAGUAUCAGUUGGCCUCCAGCCAACCCCAUCGCAGUUCUUUACUUCAUCAUUAUGUUAGUUAUGAUGACACCGUGCUCUUGCAAGCUGAAUUUUUUAUUCAUACCUUUGUCCACUUUUGGAUGCUUGAUAAUGAUUUUUCACCCCUCCCAUUGAACUUCUGCCGCUCUUUUGAUUUGUCAUUUCCGUUCAGGGCAGUGCUAAGCAGUACCCCUCCUACACCUGGUUUAGGAGAUGCGAUUAAGUUGAUUGUAGAGUAUUUGAACUGCCGCCCAACUGAUGAUGGUGGAGGGAUUGAGAACAGGGGGGCUAGUGACAGUCCUGUCGUAAAGAGAUCACAGAAUGUUGUUUGCUCAAACACUAUGAUGCUUUAUUGCAAGAGUUCAGUUGUUUCUUGGAAUGCAGUAAUACAGAGACCUUUAUAUAGGUUUAUAUUGAGAAGUUUUCUUUUUUGUCCAAUUGGGUCAUCCAUAAAGAUUGUUUCACAAGUGUUAGAUUUGUGGAUGUCGUAUCUUGAGCCAUGGAAGAUAAGCCUAGAUGAUUUUUCUGAAUUUGAAUCGGGGAAAAGAAAAGAUACAGAAACUAAAGUCAAGGAAAGCAUUGAGAGAAAAAACAGUGGCCAAAACUGUAUGGAAGUACACUACUCACCAGCUUGGGAAAGCUAUGUUUUAUCAAAUUAUCUGUUCUACAAUUCAUUGGUUGUUCAUUUUCUUGGGUUCGCCCACAGGUUUCUCCAUACAAAUCCAGAUUCAGUUAUCCAUAUGGUGCUUAAGGUACUAAACAUUAUGACUGCAUCCAAACAACUGCUAGACCUUCUUCAGAAAGUUAGUGUUGCAUACCAUUUCAAACCAGCUAGUGCUUCCGCUUAUUCUUCUAAUGAUAUGCAUAAAUAUGUACCAUCCAACCUUGAACAACUGCAGGACUGGGAGGAUGGUCUUUGCGAAACUGAAGCAGAUGGGUCUUUCUUACAUGAAAACUGGAACAGUAGUUUGAAACUUUUCAGUGAUGGUGAAGAUGGAGCGCAUAACCUACUGCAGUUGUUCGUGCUGCGAGCUGAACAUGAGAUUCAAAUGUCUUCUGGGGACGUAUCUACUAGUAACAUGCAGGCCUUGGAUGCAAUCAGAUCUCAGAUGCCUGUUCUUUUCGGUGUCUCAGCAAGGAAAUCUGACUCACCUACAGCCACUCGAGCUCAAGAUAUCCGUUACCCCCAUAAUAAGCUAUUCAGCCCCAAGCACCUAGCUGUUGGAGAAUGGUCCUGGGCCAAUGCAAAAUACAAAGGCGAUUGGAUGCGGCGGCCAAUCUCAGAUACUGAAGUAGCAUGGCUAGCAAAGCUCUUGAUCAGGUUCUCGAGUUGGUUGAAUGAGCUUCUAGACCUCAACCAUGUCGAAGAGGGCAACUCAACUGGCCCAUUCAUUGUGGAUUUAAGUGGCGAUGAAGAUUGUAACUUGGAGGGGCCGAAGGAAGCACUAAUGAUGGUGUUGGGGCUGGUUGUUUCUUGGUUCAGUAUGUUCUUGAAUGGGGUAGUGAAGUUCAUGAGAGCACAUCGGGUGAGGAUCAACUUGAGAGUGUUGGCCUCCAAGAAGAUAGCAACGCUGCUGCUGCUUUAUGCUGUUUUCUGUUCGCUGAAGAAAAGCUUUGCCAUCCUUGAUACAUCUCCCUGAAAUACAUACUUUCCCACCUCCAUCAAAGAAGGAAUCUAAAUAUGUACGGUCAAACAUACGCGCAUACCAAUGCAAGUCCUUAUGAAAAGUUUACACUUUCACAUACAAAUGCAAAUCCUAAUGAAAAGUUUACACGAGCACAUACAAAUGCAAAUCCUCAUGAAAAGUUUACACAA